AGCGUGAGCACGUCAGGGGAAACAGUUGUCGGAUCUACCCUCGACGGCAACAACAUGGCGAACGUCUUUACCAAGAAAUACCACCGUCCCCGGAUAACGACCCUGAGGGACUUUGGGGGGCAAGAUCUGACGCAGGGUAUCGCCCUACCUGAGAUCUGCUCCCCUACCCGCAUAUCCAGCCCUCACCCCCAGGGCCACGUGCACCAAUGCGACAAGGGGAAAUCGACCUACACUGUCUGGAACCCAAACUUCUACCGCUUAUCACAGGCACGACCAGACGUAUUUAAUGUUCUCAGAUUGGAGAAUUUCACCUGUGGCCCUAUUGUGAUUUCGCCCAAGGAAAGAGGGAGGCCCCCGAACAUCAUCUACACCGAGUCGACAAUAUCACGCAUCAGCUACAAGGACCCUAAGCGUUACACCAACCUCCGGGACCACAUGAAGACGACCAGAAAUGGCUACUCGCCACAGUCUAAACCGAUCAGAGGAAUUGUGCCCUGCGUAAAACCCCCGAAGUACAAGCCAGCGGCUGGGAUAGAGUAGAGAAGAGGCAUCUAAUAUACCUAAAAAUAAAUAAGAUGUCUAAUUUAUGCGAAAAAGUUUGCUCCAACUGUUUUCUAUAGAUAUACGUCUAGGCUUGCAUACUUUCUGAUCGUGUUUCGUAUAUUAUUCAGUUAUUAUAUACUUUGCUAAUUUAAGAUGAUGUUCGUGUUCUUGAUCCAUAAAUUCGUUGAUUUUGAUCAAUGUCGAUCAUGUAAUAACGAUGUUCAGUGUUCUUGUGCAUCAAAUUAUACACUUUUUAUUUCCGUUUCAAAUAUAUUUCUCUUAAACCAGUUUAUGACAAAAUCAAUGUUUCUGUACUGUGCGAUGUUCAUGCUGAGCAGCGCAGCUGAAAUGAGAUGAGAUGUGAUUAUUAUUAUUAAUAUUAUUAUCUUUUUUUUUGUAUUUGUAUUAUACGUAGAAUUUCCAUCGAUAUAAACUGAAACCAUUUGAAUCAUACACUAUCCUGCUAUUAUCUUUGAUUGACUUAAUCAUGAGUUUCAUUUCUUCACUGUAAUAUUUUGGUUGGGUUUUUUUUAAUGAUGUCAACAUUACAUUUUCACCUAUUACAUAAUCAUCUAUUAAUUUAUUGAUUUACCAUGCAAUCAUCUAUUAUUUUUUCAAUCUAUCAUGCAAUCAUCUAUUUACUUAUUAAUCUAUCAUGCAAUAAUCUAUUAAUUUAUUAAUUUACCAUGCAAUCAUCUUUUAUUUUUUCAAUCUAUCAUGCAAUCAUCUAAUUACGUAUUAAUCUAUCAUGCAAUAAUCUAUUAAUUUAUUAAUUGACCAUGCAAUCAUCUAUUCAUCUAUUAAUCUAUCAUGCAUUCAUCUAUUAAUUUAUUAAUCUAUCAUGCAAUAAUCUAUUAAUUUAUUAAUCUAUCAUGCAAUAAUUUUUAAAUUAUUAAUCUAUCAUGCAAUCAUCUAUUAAUUUAUUAAUCUAUCAUGUAAUCAUAUAUUAAUUUAUGAAUCUAUUAUACAGUCAUAUAUUAAUCUAUUUUUCUAUCAAGUAAUCAUAUAUUAAUUUUCGUUUUACCUUUUUUAUAUCCCAGAUCAUACAAACAACAUGGUAUUUUGUGAAGCACUCAAUAUCAUUAAUUAAUUUUAUAUAUUUUCAAGAGUGUAAUCACGUAUUGAAGUUUGGCCUUAAAAUUAUUGUCCUUGCAGUGAGUCUGCUGUGCGAGCUGUGGUGAGUUUAUGAUCAAAAUGACGAGCUUUCAGUUAUAAUGACCACAGCAAGGGGGUGACAACACACUGUUUCGUCGGAUCAUAUGUUAUGGACAGCCAACGUUUUCGGACGGCCGUGUUAUAACGAGGGUUGUGGUGUCACAUAGUAAAUACUCAGAUGAUGGUUUGUUUUCAAGAUAAGGUUGUCUUUCAUAAGUGAGUGAAAUGUUUUACAGUUGAUCAUGUGAUUAGCGAGAAAACUACGAAUGUUUCUUUAGCGCCCAAAAACCCAUAACACGGGGAUAUACAUGAGCGAACUGUUUGACAUCACUUCACAUUCAUCAUCAUCAUCAUCAUCAUCAUCAUCAUCAUAAUAUUCACCAUAUUCAUCAUCAUCAUAAGCUAAACAUCCAGAUUCCUCUACAGUCAAACACCCGUGUGUCGAAAUUGAAGGAACCUACGUAAAUACCUCGAGUUAUCCAAGGUUCGACAUAACAGAAAAUGACGAAUAAAGAAAGAAUAUGCAGGGACCAAGUUUUUACUUCGAGAUAACCGUAAGUUCGACACGUCAAAGUUCCACACAACGGUGUUUGACUGUACGAAUCUGGAUGUUUAGCUUUAUGAUGAUGAUGAUGAAUAUUAUGAUGAUAAAUGUGAAGUGAUGUCAAACUUUUCGCUUUUGUAUAUCCCGGUGUUGUGGGUUUGUAUAUUAUAUUCGGUCAAGAAACGUGACUCAGCAGGCUCACUGUGCUUGGCAUGGUGUAGUAUUCAGGAUAAAUACUUGCAUGUUUUUUAGGUUGUUACGUUCAUCAAUACACCGGUGCAUCGAUGAGCAUCGGGGGCGGUCGGGUAGCCUAGUGGUUAAAGCGUUCGCUCGUCACACCGAAGACCCGGGUUCGAUUCCCGACAUGGGUACAAUGUGUGAAGCCCAUUUCUGGUGUCCCCCGCCGUGAUCUUGCUGGAAUAAUGCUAAAAGCGGCGUAAAACCGUACUCACUCACCCACUCACUCACUCGAUGAGCAUCAUUUCACAAAUUGUAUCGAUCAUCAGUCGGUUUAAAAAAGGAUGAUUAUCAUCUUGUCUCAGCGAUCUAAGUCCACUUUUCAAUAUGAUCACACACGUGUGAUGUUGCCGUACGUUGUUUACUUGUAAUCCUCCUGCCACUUGUGCCUACAGUAUUUUGGGUAUCUUGAGAUCUCAUCAAAUAGCGAUUUUAAAAGAGCCAAAUUAGCAUUAUAAUCUUUUGUUAUAUAACUACACAAUUUGGAUCGUUCCAGCCCUAUUCGCGGUGUUCGUAAUGAGUUUAUGUAUUUUCUGAUGUCAAUAAAUAAACUUG